CCAACUGUUACAAACACAGUGAAUAUUUAUUUGGUCCACAACUGGGGACAGUAGAAAGGACACCAGCUUGGAAUCAGUUCGGACCUCUGUCUGCUGCACACCUGAAUCCCUGGGAAAUUCUUUUAGUGUAGCAUGGCAGAAGGAACAAUGCCUAUGCCCACACAAAUACCUGCUGAUGGAGAUACACAAAAAGAAAAUAAUAUUCGUUGUUUAACUACGAUUGGACAUUUUGGUUUUGAAUGUUUGCCCAAUCAGUUGGUGAGCAGAUCUAUCCGACAAGGAUUCACUUUUAAUAUUCUCUGUGUGGGGGAAACUGGAAUUGGAAAAUCAACACUGAUUGACACAUUGUUUAAUACUAACUUGAAAGAUAACAAAUCCUCACAUUUUUACUCAAAUGUUGGACUUCAAAUUCAGACAUACGAACUUCAGGAAAGCAAUGUUCAGUUGAAAUUGACUGUUGUGGAGACAGUAGGGUAUGGUGAUCAAAUAGACAAAAAAGCCAGCUACCAACCAAUAGUUGACUACAUAGAUGCCCAAUUUGAGGCCUAUCUUCAAGAAGAGCUGAAGAUUGAACGUUCCUUGUUUGAGUACCAUGAUUCUCGCAUCCACGCGUGUCUUUACUUCAUUUCACCUACAGGACAUUCCCUGAAGUCUCUUGAUCUAUUAACAAUGAAGAACCUUGACAGUAAGGUGAAUAUUAUACCAUUGAUUGCCAAAGCAGACACAAUUUCUAAAAAUGAUUUACAGACUUUUAAGAAUAAGAUAAUGAGUGAAUUGAUUAGCAAUGGCAUCCAGAUAUAUCAGCUCCCAACAGAUGAAGAAACUGCUGCUCAAGCGAACUCCUCAAUUAAUGGGCUGUUACCCUUUGCUGUGGUAGGGAGUAUGGAUGAAGUGAAAGUUGGAAAAAGGAUGGUCAGAGGCCGUCACUACCCUUGGGGAAUUUUGCAAGUGGAAAAUGAAAAUCACUGUGACUUCGUUAAGCUCCGAGAUAUGCUUCUUUGUACCAAUAUGGAAAAUCUAAAAGAAAAAACCCACACUCAGCACUAUGAAUGUUAUAGGUACCAAAAACUGCAGAAAAUGGGCUUUACAGAUGUGGGCCCAGACAACCAGCCAGUUAGUUUUCAAGAAAUCUUUGAAGCCAAAAGACAAGAGUUCUAUGAUCAAUGUCAGAGGGAAGAAGAAGAGUUGAAACAGAGAUUUAUGCAGCGAGUCAAGGAGAAAGAAGCAACAUUUAAAGAAGCUGAAAAAGAGCUGCAGGACAAGUUCGAGCAUCUUAAAAUGAUUCAACAGGAGGAGAUAAGGAAGCUCGAGGAAGAGAAAAAACAACUAGAAGUGGAAAUCAUAGAUUUUUAUAAAAUGAAAGCUGCCUCUGAAGCACUGCAGACUCAGCUGAGCACCGAUACAAAGAAAGACAAACAUCGGUGUACACGGCUGCGACGCCAGUGAUGGAGGAUUCACUUCUUAGGCUUGCGGUGGCAGACGGUGGAUUCCCCUGGCACCCCAGGAUCUGCUCUUUGAUCUUCAACAGAACAUGCUGGGAAAUGAAUUAAAAUAAAGACAGCUGUUGAUAUCUUGCUGCAGAAGAUCAGAGAAAUGAGUAAUUAUUUAUUCACAACUUAAAUGUUUCAUCCCAUUGUUCAUCAUCUGCAGAGCAAAGCCCCCUGAAUUUGAGUUGGGCUUCAGAAAGAACUCGCACUGUGGGUUGCACUUAUAACUGUGCAGGCAAAUGCCUGUAUGGAGAUGAGACAUUACAGACAGGUAGUAGAUUGGAGUGACCAAGAGCAUAGGGUCUGGUGCAUAAGAUCUGAGCUCAAGGACUUUUGAGAAGCUGCUAGAACCUGAGGUAGUUCUAUAGACUCCUCUAUUUCUCCAAUCCCUAGUCUGAAUGUGGAAAUGUUGAUAAUGGCCUACGUUAUGUUAAAAGGGUAAAAAUAGUUAAAUGGACCUAAAACCUUAAGAUGGGUGCUUCCUAAGUGCCAUAAAGUGUUCAAUUAUUUCAUGUCUGGAAGAACAAGCCAGGCCCUUGGUAGUGGUUAAUAGAGAAGCCACUUGGGAGACUACAGGGCAGUGG